AUGGAAAAGGCGUGGAAGCUCAAAGGUGAUCUUUCUCUAAUCUCUCUGGUGGAUGAUUUCUUCCUUCUCAAGUUCACUGCUGUGGAGGACUAUGAUAUGGUUCUAGCGGGUGGCCCUUGGUUUCUGCUUGGCAAGCCAUUCAUCUUACAGAGAUGGGAUCCUAAGUUUCAACCUAAAAGAGAUGAGUCUGCGGCCAUUCCUCUGUGGAUCAAAAUUGUCAACCUUCCUCUUGCCCUCUGGACCCCGUCAGGUAUUUCCAAAAUCGCGAGUUACAUUGGUAUUCCCCUUUAUGUUGACGCUCUUACUGCCAAAAGAACGAGGCUCACCUUCGCGAGAGUUUGUGUGGAGGUGGAUAAAAAUUCGGUUUUAGCUGAUGAGAUCCCUAUUGAAAUUGAUGGGCUAGAUAUAAACUUGAAGGUCGUUUAUGACUGGAAACCGACUAGGUGUGAAGGUUGUGGAUCUCUUAUUCACUCCUUUGCCUUAUGCCCAAAAAAUCCAACUCCUAAAGUUUUGAUUCCUCAGAAGCCGCCGACUAGAGGAAGAAGUAAAAGUAGGGGACCUGCCGCUCGUGCGGUUAGCAAUUCCAGGGAGAAAGUUUCUUUGGUUCCACCCGUUCAUGAAAAACCUCAUCAAAAACCAAAUUUAGAGCCGUCUAGCUCUAAGGUACCUCCUGAUUUGCCUUCGGGUAAGAGCAUUGUCCUACCUAACCUCAAUCUCCCUCAGGCUGAUUCCUUCUUAGCUAACCAUUCUCUUCCUAAUACUCUCCUGAAGCCCACACAAGUCUUGUUAGCUAACAGUUUUCAAGCUCUUCCGUUAGACGCUGCUGUCAAUCCGGAAGAUGAUCCUAAUGAUGAAGAAGUAAUUGAAGAGGAAACCUCUUCCUCUUCGAAAACUGUGAUGGAGACCAUUCUGAAGCCUUCGACUCAUAAGGCUUCAUCUUCUUCUUCUAAAGCUACUUCCUCUCCUAAAAAAGCCAAAGCAAAAUCGGCCAAGAAGGCCAAAUCCCACAAAUAA